AUGGACAGUGGACCGGUGGAAGAUCUCUUGAUCAGUAGGAUCAACUUGGCUGUGGUGGGAAACCGUGGUGAUGGAAAAGACUCCUUCAUCAACUCCCUCCGUGGCCUCGGACCUGGGGAUGAGGGGGCGGCUCCUGCUUCGACCCCCGUGGCCUCAGAGGACGUGGCAGGCUACCCUGACCCUAAACACCCUGACUUUCACCUGUGGGACCUGCCGCCUGUGCCCGACACCUCCCCAUUCGAACCUGAGGGAUACAAGGAGAGAGACAAACGGUGUACUGGGCUCUUAGCUUCGGUGGGAGAUCCAGAGAAGAGCCUGGAAGAGAAGAGGAAAGCCAGUCUGGAAACACUGAGGUCGCAGGGUGUGACGCAGCCUAAAGUCUACGUGGUCAGACCCUCCACCCUGGAGAAGUCUGACUUCACUGGUCUGUUGGACGACUUGGGCAAAGACCUUCCAGAGAUCCGAGCCCAAGCCCUUCUCUUGGCUCUCCCGAUGCUCACCUCAGCCCUGGUCACCCAGAAAAAGGAGGCCUUCAAAGCUCUGGUAUGGGCCGCUGCGUCGCUAUCUGGUGGGAUGUCUGCCAUUCCCGUCCCCCUGGUGGCUUCUAUGGUGGACUCGAGUGUAGCGGUGCGGAUCCUGACGAAAGUACAGUUAUCUCUCUGCCUGGAUGACAAAUCAGUCGAGUGA